CAAUGGCACGGCCCGCAGCCGCAGGCGCGGCUCCGCUCAUUAAACGCCAGCAGCCCAGUAUACAGCCUGUCCAGCGGUCGUCGGAAUGCCGCCGCCCACCGCCGGGCGUCUCUCGGUCCUUAUCCGCCGGUGCGCGGCAAGCGGCGCGCUUUCCCCGGGCGCGCAGGUCCACGCGCAAGGCCUGGUCGGCGGGCUCCUUCCGAACACAACCCUGGACACCGACUUCGUCCUGCUCUACAGCCGCUGCGGGGCGCUCCAUCGCGCCCGCCAGGUGUUCGACGGAAUGUCCUUCCCGUCCAUGCACGCUUACAACGUCCUCCUCGCGGCCUCCCCGCCAGGGACGGCCGUGGAGCUCAUCUCCCGCCUCCUCGCCUCGGGACUGCGUCCCGACAGGUACUCCAUCCCCGCCGUGCUCCGCGCGUGCGCUGAGCUGCGGGACAUGCUCCUUGGCGCCGUGUUCCAUGGCUUGGCUCUCCGGCUCGGGUUGCUAGCUAAUGUUGUAGUUUCGGGAGCACUGCUGGACAUGUAUGCUAAGACCGGGAUGCUGGCUGAUGCGACCAGAGUGUUUGACGAGAUGCCAGAGAGAGACGCUGUUGUAUGGAAUUGCAUGGUUACUGGGUAUGCGAGGGCUGGGAGGUCAGAAGAAACUCUGGAACUUUUUAGGAAGGCACAGAUUGAGUCCGUGGAUAUGGCAAGGGAUCUGCGGGCUGUGCCAAAUGUGUUGAAUGUCUGUGCAAAUGAAGGGCAGCUGAUGAAAGGGAGAGAGAUCCAUGGUAGGAUGGUGCGGUGCUUUGCUUUUGAUUCAGAUAUUGCUGUGGGGAACGCAUUGGUAGACAUGUAUGCUAAGUGUGGUCAAGUUGACGGAGCGCAAGCAGUAUUUGCAAGCAUGAAGGUGAGGAACGUGAUGAGCUGGUCGACGCUGAUAUCUUGCUAUGGUGUCCAUGGCAUGGGAAAAGAAGCGUUGAGGAUUUAUGAGGAGAUGGUGUCCAGAGGGGUGAAGCCAAACUGCAUCACAUUCAUCUCAAUCCUGUCAAGUUGCAGCCACUCAGGGCUUGUGAGUGACGGCCGGAGGAUCUUUGAGUCAAUGAGCAAGGUUCACGCUGUAGAGCCCACUGCUGACCACUAUGCAUGUAUGGUUGACCUCUUGGGGCGUGCUGGAGCCAUUGAAGAAGCUGUUGGAAUCAUAAGGAAGAUGCCUAUGGAGCCAGGUGCCAGUCUGUGGGGAGCCUUGCUCUCAGCUUGCGCUACCCAUAAUAAUGUCGAUGUUGGAGAGGUUGCAGCUUAUAAGUUAUUUGAGUUAGAAGAAGGCAAUGCUAGCAACUAUGUUACUCUCUGUGGCAUAUAUGAUGCAAUUGGUCGGUCUGAUAGUGUUUCAGGCAUAAGGUCAAGGAUGAGAGAACUUGGCAUGGUGAAGACACCUGGUUGCAGUUGGGUUCAUGUGAAGGGAAGAGCCCAUGCCUUCUACCAGGGGUGCAUACCACGGUACUUGAGGAGACAGAUGCUAUGGGUUUUAGGUCAUUUACUUGAGGAUAUGACUGCUUCAGAAUAUGAAGAUGAAUAUCUGAGCAUAUGCUAUGAGAUAAUUGGGUACUGAAUUUGUGAUGGUACAGAUCCAGCAUUGCUGAGUCAUUUUGGUUUGAGGAUAAAGCAACCAUUCUGACUUGAUUGUCACUGUGCUGCACAUGAACAAUUUUUUAUGAUGUGCAGCCUGGAAUUUUAUGUGUUCUGCUAAGUUCUAGAGGACUUGAAAGUUGGAACCUAUCAUGAUCAGAUCUGGAGUACUGUGCUGAAGCAUGAAGUGCCACUGUGCAAGGGUGUGAGAAAGAAGGGCGGUUAAUUGAAGGCAAGAAAUGUAUUCUCUAACCCCACUCCAACAGAGAGUAGCUCUGGUGUCUGAUGCCAUCGAGCUGUACAACAGGUGCCUCAAACCAACUGAUUGUGAGCAUUGUGAUAAAAUGAGAGGAAAGGGAAAUGAUAAACUUCUCUAAAUGGUAACUUGUUGGGCUUUUCACCUCCCUAGAACAAAGUGACAUCCAGCUUCCAACUGGGCAGCUUUCAUGCUGUGUGCUAUCUCCAGAUUUAUUUUCUGGACCAUGUGGUAUUGCACAGUGAUCGAGCAGAAUUUGUUCAGGAAAAAGAACCCUAGUUAACGAAAGGAAUUGUCGCUGCUGACUGAAACUAUCAGUACUCGAGCUCAAUAGUCAACAAGUGUGUUGGUCCCUGCACAACCACAGCAGGCGCAUGCUAUGGACAGGUUCAACAUUUCUGACAACGGUGAGGGGGGACUGUUGCUGUAUGCAAGCCUUGUAGCCGUCUGGUGGACACUAAGCUGAAGGUGUCCGCUGACGCCGGCACUCCUACUCAGGAUCCCAGUGACUUCCGCAACCUGACCAGUGUCUUACAGUACCUGACCUUCACUCCAGAAAUCUUCAGCAGGUUUGCCUCUACAUGCACGAUCGGGAACCUCAUCUGGCUGCUCUAAAGCACAUCCUACGGUACAUCAGGGGUACCCUCAACUUGGGACUGUUCUUCGUCCCUCCUCUCUGUCCAAGGUGGUAGUUUACUCCGAUGCGGAUUGAACAGGUUGUUCGAAUACACACAAGUCCGCAUGAGGCUAUGCAGUGUUCCUUAGUGACAAUCUCGUCUUCUGGUCCUGCUCCAGUGUUGAAGUUGAGUAUGGCUAAUGCCGUCUCUGAAGCCACUUGGUUGCCCGAGCUUCCUGCUCGAGCUUCGCCAGAACAAACCGUAGUAUUUUACUAUAAAUCAAUGACAUACUAGAACAAAUCAGUGCAUGAUGAGCAGUACAUAAAAAAAAAUACUUCCUUCUCCAGUGUUGGACAUACUUUCUCCCCUUAUUUUUCAUUAUUGGGUUAGUAUGAAUAUUUUAUUUCCUGUUUCAUACAAAAAUGAAUAUUUUAUUUCC